UAACACGGCGUGUAUAACGCACGACAUAACACCGUGCUAUAAAGGACUAGUUAUGAAACAAGUAUCGUACUAUAGUACGUUACGAUGCGAGUGGAAUAAGCCGUACUUGACGGCACGGCGUGUAUAAGCACCCGAGCGUUAUAGCGAGUACGCUUAACACCGUGCCAUGAAGAAUGACUUAUAUGACACGUGUAUCGCACAAUAUUAUAUAGCGCUGGUUUUCUUUACACCCUAGUUGCAUAAAGUAACUAAUACGAUACUCGUGUCUUAAUAGUGACCCAUAUUACACGGUGUGAAUAUCGGCUACGGUUUAUAGAUUAAAGUAUUUUUGUUGUAGAAAUGACUUAUUCUAUGUAACUUACGUAUUUUUUUAAACCACGAAUCAGGACUAAGUUAGCCGUUUUGUAAAAUAGUCCCGAUUAGUAUAAAAAAGUACGCAAAAAUGCAUGGGUUAACUAAAUGUGGUGUGCACCACGUGUGAAAGAACUUGUUUGCCCUCGUCACUAUACCACUGUUCGUUUUUAACAUUGUUAUAUUAUUCCUGGCUUAUAACCAUAAUGAAGCCAUUUUCCUUAUCCUGUUUCCUUUAAAAGCGCCAUAAAGAGUGACUGCACAUUGUUCUCGAUAAUUUUCAUUAUUCCUGCAAAUUGUAUCAGAUUUUUUCAUAGUUAAAUGUAGGUUUUUCUGUUAAAUACAGUGUUAACGUAUAAUACUUUUACAGUUGUCUAAUCGCAAGUUGUAGGCCAAACUCCUUCGGCCGACCUCGAUCCAAACAAAAAUUUUGUUCCCAUUGUACGAUAUCGGAAGUCUGAUAAAACGUAUCACGUGGGUCGAGAUUUAUGGAUAAUGGAAAGUAUCUACGACGAAAUUAUGACUCCACAUAAUACUCCAGGGAAAUGCGUAGCAUUAAUCCUCAAGGCAAUGAUUGGGGCUAAAACCCUGUCAAAAUGCACGCGCACUAGUCGAGAGAGCAACCGUAAAGUAGGCAACAUGAAAAGGCUCAACGAUUCCGAUACUGAAAUUGAAAGUGACGAAAAAUCCGCAUAUAAGCCAGAAAAAUUAGACAAAACAAAGUUAGCGAUAUGUUUUGACCUCUACGUCCAUUGGCUAAAAAAUCAUCACUCAAAGAUUAAUACCAAAAUGGACCUUUUCGAGGAGAUGGCUAAUUUUAAUUCACAUGUCUCAAAAUCGAUUUCUUAUCUAAAGAGGCCUGCGCAAAAGAGGAAGAUCCAAAAAAACGAUGAUUCAUCUAGCGAUAACGAAGUUGAAGCUCCUACAAAAAUAAAAAUUAGCGCAGAGGUGCAUGCGGAUCCAACCAAAUAAACAAAAAAAAAGAAGAUACAGAAGAAGAAAGAGGAGGGAGAGAAAAAUAAGAAACCCAAAAGUUCCCAGCAAAAAAGAAAGAAGAAUCAAAGAAGAAUGAAAAAGAUCAUACAAAAACUGAAGAAGAGAGUGAGAAAAUUGAAGUAAUAGUCACAGAAGAUGAAAAAUCAGAAAAAGAAGAUGAAGAAAUGCAAGAGUAAGAGGUUAAGACUAGUAGCUAUAAUGAAAUCCUUUUUAUAGAUUCGACAGCCUUAAACAAGUCCGACGUAUCAUUACUUACGGAUGUUUCCGAUGCAGAGGAUUUAUUAUCAGACAAUAAUCCAUUGCAUGAUUAAAAAUGGAGUUUUAACUUUUAUUUUAAUAUUAAGAACAAAACGUUACCUGAUUAUCGUCUGAGGUUUUUUUAGUAGGC